UGCAAGUUCCGUUUACGCGAAGUGGGAGUGCGGUACCGGUGCAGGUUUAACGUGUGCCGUUAAUCACAUUAAUAAUUUAAGCAGUAGUACAUAAUUAUACAAGUUAAAUUCCGUUAAUAUGCUGCAGCAAUGCACUAUUAAGGCACCCAAUGGUGCCUUGGGUUUGAAUUUGAGUCGUGCACCAUGGGACCCCUAUCCGUGGGUCAGCGGAGUGCAGGAUGAGUCAAAUGCGCAGUUGGGUGGCGUUUGCAUCGGUGAUACGCUGCUGCAGCUAAACGGAAAGGAUGUGUUAGGCAUGAGGAUCAGCGAGCUAGCCAAGCGACUAAGCGAACACUGGCGUACCGGCGCUGAGCAUGUGACUAUGAUGAUGUGGCGACAGCAGCCAAGCGGGUCGAUUUCGACUGGCGAUUCGAUGGAAUCGACGCAUGUUGUGCACCAUGGCCUUAACCAACAAUCGCUGCAAAAGUUUGCAACAUGCCUGCAACAUAUUGCCCAACUACUGGAGUGUCCUGUUUGUUGUGAUGUUAUUAAACCACCUGGCUGGCAGUGCUGCAACGGACACGUGCUUUGCAAUAAUUGCCGUAACCGCUCUGAAAAGUGUCCGGUUUGCAGAGUGCCUUUGGGGCCACGGGGACGGUGUUUGCUGUCGGAUAAAUUAUUUACGCUGCUGGCGGAGAAUUUCCCUUGUGAUGGUCUUAAACAAGACAAGAAUACUGGCGUGGCCCGCGAAUGCAAUAACAAUCACAUCAGCGCCAAUAAUUGCACAAAUGAAUAUCAUAGUCAACCAAAAAUGGCAUUGCCCAAAUCAAAUUCGGAAAAAAAGUCCAGAAAAACAGACCGUCAAGUGCAGGCGGACACAGAGCCUUCAGUUGUGAAUAACGCUCGGGAGGAGGUCAGGAAGCAAGUUCUGGGUAUGCCGAAGGGAAAUGAGGAAAGUGUGCAGGUACGAAAUAAUGUCAACGAUGCAAACCUGCAACGUUGUGUGAUAAAAGAGCAGAAGAAGGAAAAUGUCUUGAAAGAGCUUCUACAGGACGGCAACAAUAUGCUCGUUAAACCAAAGUUAAAGUUGAGUAAGAAAAGUUGGCAGAUUACAGGCCAAGAUCAAGCCGAAUUGCACAGCAAUGAAGUUGGAAACAUAAAUAAUGGCCAACAGCACUUACUGGGACCGGGGCAGGUGUUGAAGCCAAGCAAAGGCCACCAGAAAUAUCAAAAUUAUCAUUGCCCGACUGGGAAAUCAUGCAACAACCUGGCGAAACUUUUCCAGCCAACCAGUGCCAACAAAAUGUCAACCGCCAAACAAGCGACCACCGCAGACUCCCAAAAAGAGUUGGAUACAGUCGCUGAAAUUGCACUUGCUGCUGCAAAAAACAGUGUGGCGACCUUAUCAGCGGGGACCCAUAAAGGGAAGCCCGAAGCGGAGGCGCUGGCCAAAUUUUUGAACAGGCCAUCAAUAAAAACGCCGGUACACACGCACCCAGACGCGUCCAAGUGGUUGCUGCUACAGCAUCUGAGCGCAGAGCAUAACUUGGCUGCUGUGCACAUCUAUGGCACCUUUGGCCAACGCUUGCAUGUCCAAAUUCAAAUGAUGCCUCAGGAGAAGCAUGUCUGUCUUAGUCUGAGUGAAACAACAUUAGCCGAUGCCGGGUCUAUUCAGGUGCACACAUUUUUCUUAGCUGUGGUGGCGAUCGGCACAGUUCGGAAUGACAGCUAUGCAGUAUUCCUCUGGCACCUUAACCCGGACCAAGAGGUCCAGCAGAAAUAUCAAACAGUCAUCGAGUCACAAUGCAGACAGGUCAAAUGGUUUGGCACAGCUCAGCCCCUCGUGCGGAGUUGGUCAGAGAUUAGCGCAGCAGGCGAAUUUCUUACAUGGACCGUCAAGAAACAAAGCUCCUGCACGGGUUUUGAUAUUACCGUGAAACGAAAAUAGCACUAAACUCUUAUUUUAAGUUACUGCCAUGCUUCUAUUUGCAAAUUCAAUUGUAGAUGUGUACUGAUUUUUGCAUGGCAUGUAGCAAAAAUAAAUUCGCACGAAUGCAAUUUAAAAUAGUUUGCAUAACGUACAUAUGUACAAUCAGAUUUUUUUCUAGCAAAUUUGAAUAGUGAAAAUACAAGCUUCUUCCCUUUUGAAUUGUAUACUAUGUUAAUUAUAUUUGCAUUUUUUCAUCUCGUUCAUAGCAUGAUUUUAAAUAUGGAAAAUACAAUUUUAAAUGUGU